UUCCACUUGAUUUCCAAGCUAGGAAGAGUAGAGAAAAGCGUAGAAGCACACUGGGGAGCUGUACUCGCAGGAAGGUGGAAUUACGAAGGAACAGCGCUGGUUACAGUUGGUGAAGAUGGCCAAGUGAAAAUCUGGUCUAAAAGUGGAAUGCUGAGAUCUACUUUAGCUCAGCAAGGAACACCAGUGUACUCAGUAGCUUGGGGACCUGAUUCUGAAAAAGUUCUCUAUACUUCAGGGAAGCAGCUGAUUAUUAAACCUCUUCAGCCAAAUGCUAAAGUUUUGCAGUGGAAAGCCCAUGAUGGACUCAUUUUAAAAACUGACUGGAACUCAGUUAAUGAUCUUAUUCUUUCUGCAGGUGAAGAUUGUAAAUAUAAGGUUUGGGACAGUUAUGGACAUCUACUGUACAGCUCACAGCCCCAUGAAUAUCCUAUAACAUCUGUUGCCUGGGCUGUGGAUGGAGAAUUAUUUGCUGUGGGGUCUUUUCAUACUUUGCGUCUAUGCGAUAAAACUGGGUGGUCUUACGCUUUAGAGAAGCCAAACACUGGCAGCGUAUUUAAUAUUGCCUGGUCUAUCGAUGGCACUCAACUAGCUGGAGCAUGUGGAAAUGGACAUGUCAUUUUUGCCCAUGUCGUGGAGCAACACUGGGAGUGGAAGAACUUUGAAAUAACGUUAAUUAAGAGGAGAACCAUGGAGGUGCACAAUGUUAUUAAUGAUGCGGUAGAUUUGUUGGAAUUCCGUGACAGGGUUAUUAAAGCCUCUUUGAACUACGGGCAUUUGGUUGUUUCAACUUCUCUUCAGUGUUACGUGUUUUCCACAAAGAACUGGAAUACACCACUGAUCUUUGACCUGAAGGAAGGAACAGUUAGUUUGAUUCUACAAGCGGAAAGGCAUUUUCUUCUUGUAGAUGGUGGAGGACUUUAUGUAUAUUCAUAUGAAGGAAGAUUAAUUUCCUCUCCAAAAUUUCCAGGAAUGAGAACAGACAUUUUAAAUGCCCAGACAGUAUCUCUGAGUAAUGAUACUCUAGCAGUAAAAGACAAAGCUGAUGAAAAGG